UUAAUCUACACUUUUGUUUAACAAUUUUACUUUAGAAUUGAAUUUUUAUUAAUUUAAUAUGCGGGUACAGAUUUUUAGUUUUACUUUGGUUCCAGAGAUGGUGAGAAACUACAAAAAGACUUCCUCUAGAGGAGAGUGGGAAAAAACCAACAUGGAUACUGCUUUCACAGAGGUCAAGGAGGGAAGAAUGACUUGCUUGGGAGCAGCGAGAACUUACAAUGUUCCAGAGGCAACACUUCGACGCCGACUGAAAAAGAACGUUUCGGAUAUGCCUGUCCAUGGAGGAAGAUAUAGAGAAGUAUUCAAUGAAGAGCAGCUCCAAGAUUUACACAACUAUUUGACGGUAAUGGACCAAAUGUUUUUUGGAAUGACCAAGUUGCAGUGCAGAAAACUCGUUUUGAAUACGCAGACACUUAGGGAUUUCUCAUCCGUUUAA